AUGGCGCCUCUGCCCAUCAAGUUCCAGGAGCUCGUCCAGCUCGCCAACGUUGGCGUGGACACCCAGAGCAUCGGCUUCAACUCCUGCACACUCGAGUCCGAUUCAUACGUGUGUGUUCGAGAGAAGAAGAGCGAAGCCGCCCAACCCGAGGUUGUUAUCAUCGAGCUCAAGAAUGGUAAUAAUGUCACCCGGCGGCCAAUCAAGGCCGACAGUGCCGUCAUGCACUGGAACCGACAAGUAAUUGCCCUCAAGGCGCAGUCUAGAACCCUGCAGAUCUUCGACCUCGAGCAGAAGAAGAAGCUCAAGUCAUGCACCAUGAACGAGGACGUGCAGUUCUGGAAGUGGAUUAGCGAGAACGAGCUUGGCCUUGUCACGACGUCCAGUGUCUAUCACUGGAACGUCUACGAUGCCGGCCAAGACGCACCCGUCAAGGUGUUCGAGCGUAAUGCUAACCUCAACGGCUGCCAAAUCAUCAACUACCGAGUUAACAGCGACGGAAAGUGGAUGGUGGUAGUGGGCAUCUCAUCCCAGCAAGGACGUGUGGUCGGUGCCAUGCAACUCUACUCUAAGGACCGUGGAAUCAGCCAGGCCAUAGAAGGUCACGCAGCCGCCUUUGGCACUCUUCGAUUGGAAGGUGCCGCCCAAGACACAAAGCUGUUCAGUUUUGCUGUACGAACCGCAACAGGCGCCAAGCUGCACAUCGUCGAGGUCGACCAUCCCGAGUCGAAUCCUGUCUUUCAGAAGAAGGCUGUUGAUAUGUUCUUCCCUCCUGAGGCCACGAACGAUUUCCCCGUCGCACUUCAAGUUUCGCAAAAGUACGGCGUUGUUUAUAUGGUAACCAAGUAUGGCUUCAUUCACCUCUACGAUCUCGAGACCGCCUCAUGCAUCUUCAUGAACCGAAUUUCGAGCGAGACGAUAUUCACGACCUGUACAGACGAUGGUUCUUCUGGUAUCGUUGGUAUCAACCGAAAGGGUCAAGUGCUUUUCGUGACCAUCGACGACAGCAACGUUAUCCAAUACCUUCUACAAAACCCCGCCAACACCGAUAUGGCUAUCAAGAUGGCCUCGCGAGCCGGACUUCCUGGUGCCGAUAACCUGUAUGCCCGACAGUUCGAGCAGCUCUUCAGCUCUGGCGACUACUUGGCUGCUGCUAAGGUCGCUGCCAACUCUCCUCGAGGUUUCCUCCGAAGCGCCGAGACUAUCGAGAAGUUCAAGCGCCUGCCUGUUCAGCCUGGCCAGAUGGCUUUCACACUUCAGUACUUCGGAAUGCUUCUCGACAAGGGCUCCCUUAACAAGCAUGAGACCCUCGAGCUUGCACAACCCGUUCUCCAGCAGAACCGCAAGCAUCUGCUUGAGAAGUGGCUGAAGGAGGGCAAGUUGGACUGCUCCGAGCAGCUCGGUGACAUGGUCAGACCUUACGAUGUCAACAUGGCCCUGACAAUCUACCUUAAGGCGGAGAUUCCUCAGAAGGUCGUUGCUGGCUUCGCUGAGACUGGUCAAUUCGACAAGAUCCUUCCUUACUCUGCCCAGAGUGGCUUCCAGCCUGAUUAUAUCCAGCUGCUCCAGCAUAUCACCCGUGUCAACCCUGAGAAGGGUGCUGAGUUUGCCAGUGCCCUUGCUAACAGUGAGCAAGGCCCAUUGGUCGACUUCGAGCGCGUGUGCGAUAUCUUCCAAGGACAGGGCAUGAUUCAACAAGCCACCGCCUUCUUGUUGGAUGCAUUGAAGGAGAACAAGCCCGAGCACGCCCGUCUGCAGACCCGCCUUCUCGAGAUGAACUUGAUGCAUGCUCCCCAGGUUGCUGAAGCUAUUCUCGGUAACGAGAUGUUCACUCACUUCGACAAGACUCGCAUCGCUCAGCUUUGCGAGCAGGCUAACCUUCCCCAGAAGGCGCUGGAGCUUUAUGAGGACCCAGAGGCCAUCAAGCGGGUUGUUGUUAACAUCCCUGGUCAACCAAACUUCAACCCUGAGUGGCUCACCACAUUCUUUGGUAAGCUCUCUGUCGAGCAGUCCCUCGAUUGCCUUGAUGCUAUGAUGAAGGCGAACAUUCGCCAGAACUUGCAGUCAGUGGUGACUAUUGCCACCAAGUACUCGGAGCUGUUGGGACCUGUUCGCCUGAUUGAUCUCUUCGAGAAGUAUAAGACUGCUGAGGGUCUCUUUUAUUAUCUCGGCAGUGUCGUGAAUCUGUCUGAAGAUCCUGAUGUCCACUUCAAGUACAUUGAAGCCGCUACCAAGAUGGGACAGUUCAACGAGGUUGAGCGAUUGUGUCGUGAUAGCUCCGUCUACAACCCCGAGAAGGUCAAGAAUUUCCUCAAGGAAGCCAAGCUGCCUGAGCAGCUUCCUCUUAUCAUUGUCUGUGACCGCUUCAACUUUGUCCAUGACUUGAUCCUGUACCUGUACCAGAGCCAGCAGUUUGCCGCCAUUGAGACCUACGUCCAGCAGGUCAACCCCGGCCGAGCCCCCGAGGUUGUUGGCGGUCUAUUGGAUGUUGACUGCGACGAGAACGUCAUCAAGCAGCUUCUGAGCUCUGUCAACCCUCAGAGCAUCAGCAUUGACAACCUUGUCUCAGAAGUCGAGUCUCGCAACCGCCUCAAGCUUCUUUUGCCUUUCCUCGAGGCCACUCUCCAGGCUGGCAACCAGCAACAAGCUGUCUACAACGCUCUUGCCAAGAUCUAUAUCGACUCCAACAACAACCCCGAGAAGUUCCUCAAGGAGAACGACCAGUACGAUACCCUUACUGUUGGAAAGUACUGUGAGAAGCGUGAUCCCAACCUGGCUUACAUCGCCUACUCCAAGGGCCAAAAUGAUCUUGAGCUUGUCAACAUCACCAACGAGAACUCCAUGUACAGGGCUCAGGCUCGAUACCUCUUGGAGCGCUCCGAUGCUGAGCUUUGGGGCUUCGUUCUGAGCGAGAACAACAUUCACCGUCGUUCUGUUGUUGACCAGGUCACCGCUACAGCUGUCCCUGAGGCCAACGACCCCUCCAAGGUCUCCGUUGCUGUUUCUGCUUUCCUGGAGAAUGACCUUCCUCUCGAGCUUAUUGAGCUCCUCGAGAAGAUUGUCCUCGAGCCCUCACCCUUCAGUGACAACCAGAACCUCCAGAACCUGCUCAUGUUCACUGCCGCCAAGGCUGACAAGGCUCGUGUGAUGGACUACAUCCACAAGCUCGAUAACUACAAUGCCGACGAAAUCGCCACUAGCUGUAUCGAGGUUGGUCUGUUUGAAGAAGCAUUCGAGAUUUACAAGAAGGCCGACAACAAGUCUGCCGCUGUCGAUGUCCUGAUUGAGAACGUUGUCAGCAUCGAUCGUGCUCAGGCAUAUGCUGAGGAGGUUGAUCUCCCUGAGGUCUGGAGCAAGGUUGCCAAGGCACAACUUGACGGCCUCCGCGUUUCUGAUUCCAUCGAGUCCUACAUCAAGGCUGAGGAUCCCAGGAACUACCUUGAGGUUAUCGAAGUCGCCACACACGCUGGUAAGAACGAGGAGCUCGUCAAAUACUUGCGCAUGGCUCGCAAGACCCACCGCGAGGCUGCUAUUGACACAGCUCUCGCCUUCUCUUACGCUCGUCUUGAGCAGCUAUCUGAGCUUGAGGACUUCCUCCGUGCCACCAACGUGGCUAACAUCGAGGAGUCUGGUGACAAGGCAUAUGAGGAAGGCUUGUACGAGGCUUCGAAGAUCUUCUACACUAGCAUCUCGAACUGGGCUAAGCUGGCCACUACCCUUGUCCAUCUCGGUGACUACCAAGCUGCCGUUGAGUGUGCUCGCAAGGCCAACAACAUCAAGGUGUGGAAGCAGGUCCACGAGGCCUGUGUGGAGAAGAAGGAGUUCCGACUUGCUCAGAUUUGUGGUCUCAACCUGAUUGUCGAUGCUGAGCAACUUCAGACUCUGGUUAAGGAGUACGAGCGCAACGGUUACUUCGAUGAGCUCAUCAGCCUUCUCGAGCAGGGUCUUGGCCUCGAGCGUGCUCACAUGGGAAUGUUCACUGAGCUUGGUAUUGCUCUCUCCAAGUACCACCCUGACCGCCUGAUGGAGCAUAUUAAGAUCUUCUGGUCUCGCAUGAACCUGCCCAAGAUGAUCAAGGCCUGCGAAGAGGCUAACCUUUGGCCUGAGCUUGUUUUCUGCUACUACCACUAUGAUGAAUUUGACAACGCUGCUCUUGCCGUCAUUGAGCGACCCGAGAACUCUUGGGAUCACCAACAGUUCAAGGAGAUUGUGGUCAAGGUCGCCAACUUGGAAAUCUACUACCGUGCUAUCAAGUUCUACGUUGAGCAGCAUCCUUCUCUCCUCACUGACCUCCUCGCCACUCUCACUCCCCGUAUUGAUGUCAACCGUGUUGUCAAGAUCUUCCAGAAGAACGACGAUCUUCCUCUCAUCAAGCCUUUCUUGCUGAACGUGCAAUCUCAAAACAAGCGUGUUGUGAACGAGGCCGUCAACGAUCUUCUGAUCGAGGAGGAGGAUUACAAGACCCUUCGCGACUCUGUUCAAAACUACGAUAACUACGAUGCCACAGAGCUAGCUAGCCGUCUGGAGAAGCAUGAUCUUAUCUUCUUCCGCCAGAUUGCUGCUUCCAUCUACCGCAAGAACAAGCGCUGGGAGAAGUCAAUCGCUCUCUCCAAGCAGGACAAACUCUACAAGGACGCUAUUGAGACCUCUGCCCUCUCGGCCAAGGUCGACAUUGUCAGCGACCUCCUUCAAUACUUCGUCGAUAUCGGUCACCGUGAAUGCUACACUGGCAUGCUUUACGCUUGCUACGACCUCAUCCGCCCUGACCUUGUUCUGGAGCUCUCAUGGCGCCACGGUCUUAUGGACUUCUCUAUGCCUUACAUGAUCAACAUGCUGGCCCAGCAAACCAAGGAUCUCGCUGCUCUGAAGGCAGAUAACGAGGCCCGCAAGGCCAAGGAACAGGAGAAGGAGAAGACGGAUGAUAACACACCGAUUCUUGGCGCCUCUCGACUCAUGAUCACGGCUGGUCCUGGUGGCAUGGGCUCUGCUCCCUCGCCCGCGCCGUACGGUCAACCAAAUGGCUUUGCGCCGCAGCCUACCGGCUACGGGUUCUAG